CCGUGGAGGACAACAGAGACGAGGACAUGUAACUUUUUUCUCUUCACAUGCUGAAAACCUUUAUUUAUUUACAUUUCCCACCCACUUUUUUUUUUGUCUUUUUAAAGAAGGGGAGGCAUUUCAAGCUGGAAAAGCAUCUGAUGGAGGAGAGGCGAUGAGAGGCGGAUGAUGAGCGAGAGGAGAAAGUUUGGUGGAGAAUGCGGAGAGGAAGCGGAGCCAGAAAAAGGAGCUGAGGACUAUGUAGGAAUUCCUGACUGAAGUCAUGGGUUCGGAGGCAAUGGAGGACUGCGUGCAGGGGGCGCUCUCGUCACUUUACCCGCCGUUCGAGAGCACGGCGCCGCCCCUCCUCUCUCAGGUCUUCUCGGUCCUGGAGUCAACCUAUCAACACGAUAGCCUGCGCUACCUCCUGGACUAUUUCGUACCUGCCAAGCAUCUCCUGCACAAGCUCCAGCAGCAUGCCUGUUCUCAGUAUUUGGGAUGCUUGUUCCUUCACUCCGGCUGGCCCCUCUGCCUGGGAGAGAAAGUGGUUGUUCAGCUCUCCACCUUGGAUUGGAGGCUCCUGCGCAGCAAUGACUUCUACCUGCAGGUGGUGCCCUUUUCUACUCGCUGCCCACGACUGGCCCUAAAAUGUCUGGCACCCGGGGGUCGCACCGUGCAAGAAAUCUUGGUGCCUGAGUCACAGCAUCCCCUGGUGUUCACCUCUGAGUGGCUCCACAGUAUCAACAAAGAACGGGGUCACAAGAGAGAAGUUGGAGGGGGACUCGACACCUGUUUGGUCAGCACCUGCGACGGCGUGGUACGAGUCCCGUGGAAGGAAAUAGUCUACCCAAAAUUCCUCCAUGACCCUUCUGAGGAGCUUGGCCUGGGUUCCAACCGCCUUUCCAGUGAGGGGGGCAGCAGCCUCGGAGGGUGGGGUGGCUCCUCCUCAGGAGACAUGGACUCCUGGUCCUGGGAUGAUGAAGACGAUGACAGUCUACCACCAAACUGCAUGGACUCUGACCCUGCCAUCAGACGGCGGCGCAGCGAAGACGGCCUUGGGCGGACUGCGAGGCAGCCUCAGAUGGAUGGGGAUUAUGUGGAGCUUUUGGAGCCCAGAGGAGGACCUGAUGGAGGCGUUGAUACCAAGCAGAGGUACUUGGAGAUGCACGGGAUUUGUAAGACCAGAACUUUGCCCUUAUGCAGGAGAGGUAAGGCCAUCAAACUUCGCAAAGGAAAAGCUUGGGGUUAUGCAAAACCUGAAAGAUCGGGAAGCUUUCGGGGUGCCUAUAGUACCAAGGAGAAGGAGGCAAAUCCGAAAGAUGACUUGCCACUGCCAAAGCCUCCAACAACAGUUUCAGGAUCUGCCAGAGUAAGACAGUCUUACUCCUCCUCUGCUCAUGACUCAGAUGAAGGAGAUAAAACAAGCAGAGACAACAAUAGCUUGGAAAGCCGCAGCCCUUAUUUUGAUGUUCCAUUAAAAGAAAGGAGACCCGGUGUGGGCAAGGAAAGAGACAGCAACGGGUUCCCACAACAAUCCCGAGAUGGACACCAAAAUAAAGACUCCCAGAGAAGCGACAGCUUAAUAGCAAACGAAAUCUACGACAUAAGCCAUAAAAGUGGCCAUGACGUUGAGGGCCAAUCGGAUCAUGGCUCACAUUCAGACUCUGUGUUUGAGGACACAGAUAAACCACUGAGUGGAGACAGCGAUGCUGUUACGCCAACAUCGGAUGCACCAGAGAGACUGUUUACUGGAGUUUCUGAAAGCAAAAAUACAGCCAACGUUCAGUCUAAGACGAGGAACUCAUCGAAGCCGAAGAUUCCAGAUGAAAGGGCUGAAGGGCGGACAGAGGACAGAGUGUGUCCCAGAGGAAAAGAAGUUAAAACAGCCGGAUUCAGAGCUCCACGGAGGAAACGGAAGGGAAAGGGCGCCAAAGGAAAGGCUAGGUCUGGUGGCAAAAACCAAAAAGGCACAAAACUACAGGGUAAAAGUCCUCUGCCAAGUCCCACAGCCCACUCUGCAACUACAAAGCUGCUAAUCCCAGAGGAAAAGAAGGCAGAGGAAACAGAAAAGAUUGACAAACCUGAUGGAGAGCCCACAACCGACACCAAAGGGAAGGAAAACGCAAGGAAAGGCAGUGGCGACGAUGGAUCGUUGCCUGUGUGCAAUGGUCAGUCAGGCACGUCUUCAUUUAACCACUUGACUGUGGAGGCCGGAUCACCGGAGAUGUGUCCUGACCAGAUAAACGGUGUUGCCUCUAAAGAGCUGGCGCUGUUAAGGGAACUGGAUGCAGAAUUACUUCAGUCAGGGAAGCUGCAGCUGACAGGUACAGUGGACAGAUUGGGGCGAGCUCUGGUUUUCACCGAUGCAGGUGCGUCUGAGGAGGAGUUCUGCUCGGAGGAGGUCGCGCGGGUCCUUUCCUGUUACCACCGGAUCACUCGGCCCGAAGCCAAAGAAAAGGGACUAACUGUGCUAAUAGACAGCAGAUGCUCCCAGCCAUCUUGUCUUUGCCUUUCUGCUCUUAAACGGUUCCAGGUCUUGGUUCCUGGUGGUCUGGGAUCCGUGUUGGUCCUGGUGGAGGAGCAGCAGGAGUCCCUUUCCUUAGCUUUAGAUGGGACAGAGACCCACAUAGUGCGUGGAACAGGAGUCCUUCAGCAAUAUGUGGACAGUCAGCAACUCCCUAAGCAGCUAGAUGGAGACUUCAGUCACAGUCACUCAGACUGGUUGGCAUUCAGACUGAGGUUGGAGAAACUGACAGAGCGCUGCGAGAGCGCCCUCUCUCUGCUCGGAGAAGCCCUGCAGUCCAUGGAGACGGAGGAGAUGCCGAAUGACAUCAAGGCUGUUCCUCAGAGCAUCGACAAACACAGGCAGCUCAUGGCGAGUGUGCUGGCUGACCAACGCUUAACUGAACUGCAACAGAGGGGCGGAGCCUGGCUAGCGGGGCUGACGAACUGUUCGUCCGGACUGGCGCAGAGGUCGCCUGACUGCAGGUCUGCUCUCAAUGCCACUUCGCAACUCUACGACGGCGUGGACGAUGCCCUCCAUCGGCUCGUCCAGGUUUCCAACCGGCGAGGUCGUGAUCUGGAAGCACUGGGACGACUGGCGGGAAUGGUGGACAAACUGGAAAAGUGUGACAAGGAGAUAGAGCAAGUGCAGUCGCAGCUGGAGGAAUACAAGGACCCUCCUCUGUCUCUCAGCAGGCUGUCGCUGAAGCAGCAGAAGUUCAGAACGUUCAGAGAAACGGCCAACGAGCUGCACAGCGACACUCUGUCGGUGCUCAGCGAUCUAGAGGGCUGGUGCGAGCUGAACUGGGCCGGCCUCAGCGACAUACAGAUCCGUCUACCCCCUGUGAGGGAGAAGCUGAGAGACAUGUCCCACUGUCUGUCCGACUGCUGGACCACUCUGGACAACACCCAGAGGCUGCUGUCCACGCUGACAGAGGCGACCCAGUGGUGCGACGCGGUCUCCUCCACCCCGUCCUCCCCCACCACCUCCUCUUCCACCUGCCCGCUGGCGUCCCUUCCUCCAAUCCCCCCGUCUCGCUUCCAGGACGCACGGUCCUUAGCCAUGGAGCUGGGAGGCGGGGCCCUCCUGGACCUCUGGACCCAAACAGUGGAGCGCUACCAGCGGACCGUGGCGCAGGUCAAACCUCGUUUCCUCCACUCCGAGCGGACGCAGACCCACGGCCAGGGGAAGGCCAAGACACCGUCCGGCAGCACCUUCUGGGACCUGGUGGGGCCCGACGGGGAGGGCGACUGGGGGCUCGGAGGAGGGGACGGGGGCCUGCAGUCCUGGGGCUCCCUGGCGUCGCUGUUCAGGCCUCAAACCUGCUCCACGCUGAAGAUAGGAGAGGACAAAGGGAACCGGAGGGACGGGUCAGCAGGGAAUGGAGGUGGAGCGGGAGGAGCCGGGGGAGGGAAGUUCCUGCAGAACCUCCUGAAUCCUGGGAAGAAAAGUCCCCCAGAGGCCCCGCUGCCUCCCAAGCCCCCCAGGAAGCGCCACCCCAGCUUUGACCUCCAGGCUCUCCUGGCCCCCCGCAAAGGCACCGCCACUCCCAAGCCGGAGUCCCCCGUCGGCGGGGCGAGCCGCUCCUCGCCCAUGUCUUGGCUGGGGCGAAAGAACAUGGCGGACCCCGUCAUCGCCACCGGCAUGGCGGCGGCUCUUCCCGGGUGGGGCGUCGGAGUAGCAGGCGGAGGUGGAGGCGGUGUGCUGAUCCGAGGUGUCGAGGUCAGCAGCAAAGAAGUGGUGGAUCACACGGGGUCGCCGCGGCAACACGUCCUGCUCGGGAGGACGGAGAGGGACGUGGGGGCAGACAGGACCGGUUCAACUGCACAGAGUAAACUGUACCUGCUCUGGUGCAGGAUGCUGAGCUCAGAGCGGCAGUACGUCGCCGUCCUGAAGGGAGUUGAAGAGACGUACCUGCCCCUGCUGGAGCUCUCCGACACCCCGGCCUCCAUCAGGGGGAAGGGAGACGCGCUCUUCCCCAGCUGGCGCAGCCUCAGUGCCUUUCACUCGCGGGACCUGCUCCCUGCCAUGGAGGGCGCUCUUGUGCAGAGUUUGUUGCAACAGGACUGCUUCAGCAAAUAUCGGGAGGAAUUUCUCCAGUAUUCCCACUACAUUCGCUCUAAACCGGAAAUGGAUUCACCUCUGGUCACACAGGCAGCUGACUUCUUUAAGUCCAAACUCCCCCAGGCGUCCCCCCUGUCCCCUCUGUCCUUCCCUUACUGCCUGCAGGCUCCCAUUCAGAGGCUGGAGCAGUACUGCGAGGCCCUGGAGGAGCUGGGGGGUUUAAAUCUGGCCUCAGACUCCGCCCUCUCCGUCCUGAGACACGCCCAGCGCCAUGGCGAGGACCUCAGGGCCAGUGACCUCAUCGUCGGCUGUCCGAUCUCCGUGGCCGAUCGCGGCGACCUGGUGAGGCAGGGUGAGCUCACCGUGUGCGGGGGACCUCGGAGGAAGCGCGCGGGUGUCAGGAAUGUCUUCCUCUACCAGCACGCCAUCAUCUUCACCAAGCAGAAGAGCCCAAGUCCGGGUCGCACCGUCUACAGCUACAAGCACAGCAUCAAGAUGAGUGAAAUGGGUCUAACUCAGAAUGUCGGCGAUGAGGGAGUGAAGUUUGAAGUCUGGGUCCGACAGGCACCCAGGACCAGAGACUGUAUCACCCUUCAGGCCCCGGAUAGAGCAGGAAGGGAGUCCUGGGCUCAUGACAUAGCCCAUCUGCUGUGGACACAUGCCAUAAACAACACAGAGUUGUGUCUGAAGGAGUCGCUGUGCAUGGGAGUUUCCAGUAAGCUUCUGCUGGACGCUACAGGAACUCCGGGAUCAGAGCUGGACUCCAUCUGCAGCCUCAGCGACAGAGUCCACAGUAGCUGCUCAGACUCGUCCUCUGUGGGCAGCCAGAAGGAGGGGGGAUCCCCGGCGUCCGGGAGGGACCCCAGGUCAAGCUCCGGAUCAACAAGCUAUUCACAGGGUCAUUCUCCCUCUACAGCUGUGUGACUGUCAUCUGAACAAGAGUGAGUUUUAUGGAAGCAGAAACUGCACUCGGGACUCUUCGUGGCUUCCGUCGCCUCUGACUCGACUCCAAACUGGACUUCACCGACUUCCACCCGGACUUCUCUUUCGCCCUUCAACCUCCUGCAAGAGUGCAAGCGACGCCGAGGGGGGGCUUUGGGGAGGAAUCAGGCUCAGCUGCACCACUCUGCAUCCAAACAGGAUCAAAAACUCGCCCCCCUACCCCUCCCCUUCCUUGUUUUACACCAUGACAAGCACCGAUUCGGGGAGGGGGGAGAAGAGAGGAAGGGUGACUCUCCGGCGCUCUCCGCCAUUUUGGGUCUGCCAGUCUCAGCUGCUGGCAGAGUCAUCGACACCGACGGCACUUCAAGCUUGCACAGUGCGGCCAUUGUCUGCCCCGCAGCUCCCCACUAGGCCAAACCACUUGGUCUGAACCACUGACUGGCCGACUGUACACAUCACAUGCUCCGGCAUCUGAUAAUAAACAGGAAGUAAUAUGCUGGGUGUAAAUGUGGCGUGGGAUUGCAGAUUUAGGAUGUAUUAUGUACUUUUAUCACCCUCAUAACGCUGAAUGGAGACCGUACACUUUUUCUUUUUUUUUUUUUAUCUGCCCUGUGUUUUAUUUUUGUGUGUGUGCGCGUGUGGGUGUGUGUGUGUGUGUGUGCGUGCGUGUGUGUGUGUGUGUGAGUGACUCGGGUUAGGUGGGAUUAGAUCUAUGUAAAUGAGGUAACAAGCACACUCACACAGACACACACAAUGUUCCCCCCCGACACAUGCAGUCACUCUUAUUGUUAUCAGACAGUGGAGCACUGUUCACAUUCACAUGCUCUCCCCUCCUCUCCAGCUCCCGCUCAUACACACACACACACGCACACACACACACACACACACACAUUGCCCAGCUUAGAGCCUGGUACAGUCACUAAAUGAGGCGAGCUCACAUCUGAACACGUACAGACGAUGCAGAAGAGAAGUGGUGUACAGUUUCGGGAGUGUGUGAGCAAAUUAUAUGGCUUUUUAUGAACAGUACUAAGAAAUUAAAGUAAUAACGGUAUUUAGUCGUUCUUGAAGUGUAAGUAAUGGUGCUGUAAAUUUUUCAUAUCAGACAAGUCAAAUUGACUUUACGGAGCAGAUUUGAGCAACAAGGCAGUUCAGGCUGUUAAGACGUAACGUAGUCGAUUAUGAAACAAGCAGUGAUAUUACAUUUGGUCAAAAAAAUACACACUGAUCGAUGCUUUCAGCCUUCAUUUAAAGUUUUGUGGCAGUUUGUUCCAGAAAACUGUCCCAUUACGUCAAGUGCUAACAUGAAUUUGAGCCCAUGCUUCUAUCCAAGUGUCACGUUUUUGAGAAAACCUUUUAAAUGUCGGAAAAAAAAAAAAAAGAAGAAAAUGCUAAUUAGUCGUGCGUUCAUCUGCUGGCUUGGAGCAAAUCAGUCAGGCUACGUAAAGCGCAAUGUCAUCAGAUGUUCAGGUCACACAGAGGGAGCUUUUCAGGAAGUGAUACUGGUGAUGUUAGGAGACAGAAAAGCAACACUGACAGCGAGAACACCUGAUUGGUCAAGUGAGGUAUAAGUUUCAGACGUCGUAACUCAUUAGUGCUGCCAUCUGCCCUUUAUUUCGACAGCAAGCAAGCAAAAUAACUUUGUUUUGUUUGUGAGGGGUUUUUUUUCGCAAAAUCGAGAACAUUACUGCAAAUUUUGCUAAUUCCAUCGACCUUUUCAACUUCUGAAGUAUGUGACGCUUCAAAACAAACUUUGAUAGAAACACAAAUUAUAAAGCACAGCCAGCUCAGGAUGAUGCAAAAAAGAAGAAGAAGAAAAAAAUAGGGUUUUGGAACAUCUGAUGUGACUAAAAUCAAAAGUAUUUUGCCUCCAAGGAUACGGUGGCACAACCAGUUCUCAGUUUCUCAUAUAGGAUGGCUGUUUUUAUUCUUAAAUAGACACAUUUAUAACAAGCGCGUUUGAUCAUAAGAAAUAUUUCAGUAAAAAGCAAGAACAAAAGAUUGUGAAGGGGCAAAUACUUCUGUCCUCAACGUUUUGGUGCCGGCACUGAAGAAUCUCCUUCAGUGUGUCGAAACUGAAUUUUACCGCUUCACCGUUUGUUGUCAGAUGCCAUAUUCUGUAUGCCAAAGGUAUAAAUGGCUGUCGGUGCAAUGUUUACUUGUGUUUUAAACAUUAUUGACUAGUUUUUUUUUUGUUUUUUUUGUGUUGUUGUUCCACAAACUGUCUGCGCUCUCCAUAAAAUGGAGGAAAGUGGAUCGUAACGUUUGCUUUAUUCGCCGUUUACCAGUUUUACUCUUUAGGCUAGCAGACAUGGACGAUCUCUGAUCGUUUUUAAGCGGAAACGUAACACGUUUGAUGGCGGCGUUACGUUUCAAGAAGGUCGUGUAAAACGUUCAGCUUUGUAUAUGAAUUUUGAGUUGUUUUUUUUGUUUUUUUUUCUUUCCCCCACCAUGUGGUUCUUGACGUUUGAAUAAAUUGUGUCUAUACAGCAGAUUUUGGAGGUGGAAGGAAGCAGUGAGUUCGUCUCUGCAUUGAUUCAGGAAACACCGAUAACUAAAGACAACCACGUCUCGGCGCUGCUGCUGCCGCUGCCUCUGCAUGCUGGGGAUGACAAAAAUACGCUGCGUGGCGCCAAAAACAUCAAAAGAGAAACUUGAGUUGCACGUGGAAAAAGAUGAGCUUUUUACUUUUCCCUCAGUUCCUCGAAAGGAGCUUUUGAGCCCUUUUGACCUUUCCGCGUGAAGUGGAAAAUCUGUGCGUUGUUCAAAGUUUGGGACGAGUAAACUGUCAUCUUCACACAUGGAAGAGGACAGUUUACUCGCUUUUUACAUCCGGAGGGAAUCGCUUGUUCUGAAUUUUGUUUUGAAGUGGUAAAGGGGCCUGGAUGUUCAAAAUUUGUGUAGGUCAAAAAAACAAAUGUAAACCACGUUUUCUUUUCCCCCUUCCCCUACACUGGGGUUUGUGGCGCUAACCUGACGAAAUGUGGACAAGUUCAGGGGACCGGGUGCACAGUUAACGACCGGUUUGAGAAAUCAAACGCGGUCUUCACCACCGCGGACCUUGAUUUCAUAAACCAGGGUGUCACCGCCGUUUUGUCAAGGUCUGAAAAUACAUGAAACGCACACAGGCUUCUAGGCCACCGCCUAGCGAAGCGAAAGGACACGGUGUGCUAAAAAGAUGUCUAAUGGCGCGUCUUACAGCAUCGAGCUUGUCCUUUGCUGUCUGAAACGUGUGAAAAAUUUAUAGUCCUGUCAUGCGUUUCCGUCAGAGCAGCUUCUCAGAGAAAGAUGAAAAACAUUGAGAUUACUCAAUUAAUUAAGCCUAGAGUUCGUUCCGCGGCACUACUACUCUUUUAUUCUUUGUAGCUCAUUUAUAUAUAUAUAUAUAUAUAUAUAUAUA